AUGGCAUUAAACCACAGUGUCCCACCUCAAGAUGACUACAUUCCACACUAUCUUCGGGAUGGAGACCCUUUUGCAUCCAAACUCUCCUGGGAAGCUGACUUAGUGGCUGGUUUCUAUUUAACCAUAAUAGGUGUGUUGUCCACCUUGGGAAAUGGCUAUGUGAUUUAUAUGUCUUCAAAACGAAAGAAGAAGCUGAGACCUGCUGAAAUAAUGACAGUUAAUUUAGCAGUCUGUGACUUGGGGAUUUCAGUUGUAGGCAAGCCUUUCACCAUCAUCUCUUGCUUCUCUCAUCGCUGGGUGUUUGGCUGGGUUGGCUGCCGCUGGUAUGGAUGGGCUGGUUUUUUCUUUGGCUGUGGAAGUCUUAUCACCAUGACUGCUGUCAGCUUGGACAGAUACUUGAAAAUCUGCCAUCUGUCUUACGGGACUUGGCUGAAGAGACAUCACGCCUACAUCUGCCUGGUUAUCAUCUGGGCCUAUGCCACUUUCUGGGCAACCAUGCCCUUGGCGGGUCUGGGGAACUAUGCCCCUGAGCCUUUUGGAACAUCCUGUACCCUCGACUGGUGGCUCGCUCAGGCCUCUGUAACCGGACAAACAUUCAUCCUGAACAUCCUCUUCUUCUGUCUCUUGCUCCCAACUGCCGUGAUUGUCUUCUCCUAUGUGAAGAUAAUUGCUAAGGUCAAGUCCUCCACCAAAGAAGUUGCCCAUUUUGACAGCAGGAUCCAGAAUAGUCAUGUGCUGGAAAUGAAACUGACCAAGGUGGCAAUGUUGAUCUGUGCAGGGUUCCUAAUUGCCUGGAUCCCCUAUGCUGUGGUGUCAGUGUGGUCAGCUUUUGGACAGCCUGAUUCCAUCCCGGUUCAGUUUUCAGUGGUGCCAACCUUGCUUGCAAAGUCAGCAGCUAUGUACAACCCAAUUAUUUACCAGGUCAUUGACUGCAAAUUUGCCUGUUGCCAAUCUGGUGGGCAGAAAGCAGCCAAGAAGGAAUCUUUGAGGGAUUACAGGAGGCAUACCGUGUCCACUAUCAGGAAAUCAUCAUCAGUGUCUGAAACCCAUCAAGAGGUAUGA